AAAAUCCAUGGCCCUACUGAACUAGUACAUUUCGAAGUGUAGAGAGCAAUAAACUUAAAACAAUGUAUAUUUAUUACUUAGUUAUAUCGGUACAGAUUACGUCGGUGUUAUGUUAUCAUAACAGACUGUUUACGCUGACUAGCUAUGAGAACAUUAGCGACUCACAAUGCGGUUUCUAUCAGUUGGUGGAGACUGGAGAUAUUGAAGGUGCCAAGACGACCGCGCAGACGAGUACGAAGCGGUUCGGGAUUUCCACGAACAUUCCUGACUUCACCUACGUCACCAUCAGCGGCACCACGCAGCGACCAGUAGAUCCGUUGCUGCAAUUCGAAGACAGUAUCUACCGCGUGCUUUAUGGACGCGAUCCAGAUCCGAAACCAAUAAAGAAGAUAGAAGAGCCAGAGAACGUGACGUCGAAUGAAACUGAUCUGUUGGCUCACUGCCCUACAGGACAGGGCUUUAGAGGCGAGGUGUUUCAAAACAAGAGUGCGGUCCACCUCCCUUUCCUGGAGUUCGUGCACCGCGGCCACUGCCACCUAAAGAUCACCAAGGACUACAUGCAGACAGCAGUCAAUGCCUUCGCCAUCUUCAUAGCCGGCAACCUGGAUGAUAUACUGCGGCUUCCUAGUCUAUAUGUGCUACAUUCUGCAAGAACAAUAGCGAUGAUGAAAAUAGCUCGUGAGAAGAUGGCGGCGACGUGGUCCGUGGUGAAGGGCUCGACACCCACGGAGGCCAUCCCGUAUGAGACCCUGGAGAGGUACCGGCCGCUUUUCAAGUACCUGAAUGGCAAGGAGAUGGCCAAACUCAACCUGUCAGAUUCAAGAAUACUUUCGUAUAUCGGCACUCAUCCCGAUUUGAGCAGACAUCAGGUAGGUGUAGUGGCAAGCAGAUACAUACAAAUUAAUCCACGUUGGACAGAGCCGAAAUACCUGAACAUGAUGAACAAUUUGCUGUGUGGUGUGCCCAUGAUCUUCAUGAGGAGAAUACCCGAGAAUACUUACCUACAGCUAACACAUCAGAUUUUUUACCACAUUCGAGCGUGUGAUCCGCUGCAACGCCGAUUUUAUUUAGCUAUGAUGAUGAGAACACAGGCGUUGGGCAAGUCCUACAGUUGGAGCGCUCGUGAAGUGUCUCGGCUAGGGCUACUACUUGCCGAAGUCAGUGGCCAAGAUCUCAGUGCUAUCAACCCGGAAGCUAUGUCUGGUAUCACAGCACAAGUAAUGCUAGAAAUGCCAAUACACAGUUUGAAGUCCAUAACUGAGAUGCAGCUGAGGUACCUGGAACCAAAACCACUCAACAUCCUGGCAAGGAAACUGAUAGCGUAUCAGAACCAACAACUGGCAGCAAGCGGCGUUCACAUUAUACCAAGUUUCUCCCUAAUUUCAAUACAUUACAUUUUAUUUUACUUAAUCUCAAUAAUAUUAUUAUGUAAACUCUACAGUCUUUGUAUAAUUUUAAGAUUCUUAAGGUUCUACUAUCGACACUGCACUCUUUUCUCAAUGCAUGUUGAGAUUACCAGCUUUCAAUAUACUAUUAUACUUUCAAUGAUUCCUUUGAACUAUUACAUGUCAACAAAUUCAAAAGCUAUCGAUUGUAAUUUUGUUUAUUAAUCGAAUGCAUAGAAA